UGAUGUCCAAGACGGAGCUGAAUGGAUAUGUAUGCCCGUCACGUAUGGGUUUGUAUAGUUGCGCUGGCGCGCAGUGUUGGAAUGCAAGGUCGACGGUUGACGGGUGCUUUGAGGGAGCAGUCGGAGACGCAGGGCUCCCCAUGUCACUGACUAAGCAGCAGCGCUGUUGCGGUCGGGCAGCGUCGCUCGUGCCAACUUUGCUGUACAAGUUGGUCGGCGCGACAUCGCGACACUGCUGCUCUGCUCUGCUCUGCUCAAGUGACACUCCAGCCUGGAUCACAAGCGUCACCCCCUCUAGCCAACGUGACGUUGCGACAGUUCCCCCAAGCGGUUGACAGCUGCCUUUUUGUCACCCGUGCGCGCGCGUCAUCUCCGCAACGCCGUGUCCUAUCCCCAGAGCUCCGCCGUCGUCUUCCCAUCAACCACGACUUUCGCGUUGCUCCACAAACGCUACCAUGGCACCAUCACGGUCUCGAUCGCCGCUGCUACCCAUUCUCGCCCUCGCGUGCGUCCUCCCAUACUCGGCAAAUGCCUUCGACUGCAAAGACAUACUCGCUGAUGGCGCGCACUUCAACUUCAAAGAGCUCGGCGGGCCGCACGUGGUCCACUACAAGGAGUCCGAUCUCACCAAAGAACUCGAAUGGAAAUACAACUUCACAAUCGACAUAUGCAACUCUCUCAAAUGGCACAAGGGCGGCAGUCUGGCUACCGAGUGCCAUCACGGGGCCAGGGUGUGUGGCAUCCGAGAGAACAUCGACCUCAGCAAGGACGACAACUCCACCAUCACCCCAAUCGAUAUUGCCGGCACAUACACGACCCAGAAUGGGAGGAACAUGGAUGCCAAAUUCGAGAAUCUGGGCCACUCCAAGAGCAACAAGGACGCCGGACUAGAGGGCGUCCGGGCGACGCUAAACGGGGGCAGGUUCCCUUUCGACAGCAAGAGGGAGGGCGUGAACCAGCGCGCUAUCAUUGAGUUCGUUUGCGACAAGGAGAGGACGGGACUAGAAGGCGACGAGAUGGACAAGAGCCCCCACGAAGACGGUGAUAAGGAUGACAAGGAUGACAAGGACGACAACAAGAAGGAUGACGAAAAGAAGCAAGACAAGCUGCGGCCAAGAGAGGAGAGCGGCAAGAGCAAAUGUGAGGACAAUGACAACAGUUUACGCUUCUGUGGUUAUGACUUGGAGACGGAAGAAAAAGACAAGAAAGUCCAAACACUUCGAUUGGAGUGGCGAACCAAGUACGCGUGUGCAGACGCGCCUUCGCCCGACGGGGGCUCGCACUGGGGCUUCUUCGGCUGGUUCUUCAUCAUUCUUUUCCUUGCAAUUGCUGCCUAUCUCAUCUUCGGCUCAUGGUUGAACUACAACCGCUACGGCGCUCGCGGCUGGGACCUUUUGCCCCACGGCGACACGAUCCGCGACAUCCCAUACAUUGCAAAAGAUUUCGCCAGGAAGGUCAUGGGAACUGUUCAGGGAAGUGGCAGCAGAGGAGGCUAUGCAGCCGUUUAGAAUUGGCGAUACUCCAGGGCUCUGUGGGUACGUGACUGGCGACGUUUAUGUAGGAUACAUUGAUUGAACAUGGAAGAGCAUACUCGGCGCUGGAGUUUACUGGGUUGAGUCUUUGAUUGGCGCUUGAGAUACUUACCUAGGUCUUGUGAGAUGACAAAUGAGAAGUUGAAAGGACUACCUUUUAUCAUGGAUACCUUGUUUGUCACAUUGUGUUGGUGGUGUGCCUCUCCGUAUCAUCAAAAAGUCGUUUUUCAGAAAACAUUGUCUGGCUGCAUCUGAUUUUGAUGCGCUGUCAC